AUGAACGUAGUUGGAAAGAAACGAGGCAAAGAAUAUAAGCAAGCUUUGAAUUUUGAGAUUAAAGAUGAUGUAAAUCCAGAGAAAAUAGUCAAUAAGCGAUUAUUACAUGAACUCAGCACGAGCACGAAUAAUCCAAGCACAUUAAAUGACUCGACAUUGAUUCUAUCAUUAACUGAAGGAAGAGGACAGGCUCGAGGAGAAGUUGGAAUUGCAGCAUUAAACAUCGACUCUCCAUACAUUAUUUUAUGCCAAUUAAGUGAUGGAAUUCAUUAUACAGAUACAAUCAACAAGAUCCAAGUUCUAAAUCCAUCUAAAAUUCUCCUGCCAGACACAAUCUUUGAGACAGUUCCACUGCCAAAAUUAAUAGAACGGAUUAAAGAGAACUUUCCAAACAUCUCGAUAAUUCCUAUUCAACGAAGGCACUUUAAUGAUAAAUUUGGAUACGAACAGAUAUCAAAAUUGUGCAGUCGAAAGUCAUUCAACAUAUUACAAAUCAUAUCCCGGAAAUAUUAUUGUUUAUCAUCUGCGUCUGCCCUCUUAAGUUACUUAAAAAAUGUUGCAUUGGUUAAUUUUGCUGAAAGCUGUCUAAAAGUCGAUUAUCAAACAAAAGGCGGCAUGAUGAUCGAUACACAAACAUCUGUACGACUAGAACUGCUCUACAGUUUAAAUAUAGAGUCAAGUGCUUCUAAGAAAUUCUCUCUUUAUGAUCUGUUGAAUAAGUGUGAGACGAGAAUUGGUCAACGACAUUUACGAGCAAAUAUUUUGGAACCUUCAUGCGAUGUUGAGUUUAUAGAGAAGCGUCAUGAACAGAUAAAAAUAUUAAUAGAUAAUGAGGAUGCUCAAACAUGCUUGAAGGAAAAUUUGAAAAAUUUUCGAAUGGUUGAAACACUUCUCAAGAUUUCUUGUAUCACACCGGUUAAUGAUCUCGAAAAAGCCAUACAGACCAACAUUCACUUGGCAUUACUGCUUAAAAAUAGUCUGGAGGCUGUAAAACCUCUUGCUGCGAUUGUUUCUGAGCUUUCUAGUGAAUCAUUCGAAGAUGCUCAACUGUUAUUAUCAUCGGAUAUAUUUAAUGAUUUAAUUGCGAAGAUUAAUAUACUAGUUCAGCCAAAUAUCCACGAGAAUCGCCUAGCACAGAAGCAUUAUCAAUACCUUUAUGCUGUUCGUAGUAACUGUAAUGAAACUAUCGAUUUUCUAAGGCAUAUUUACUCAGAAACUGUCGAUAAAAUCCGUGUUUAUGUUGAUGAAUUGACAGAAAAGUCCCUAUUGCCGAUUAAAUUGAUACAUUCAACUAAGCUUGGAUACCACUUGGUGCUCAAAAGUAUCAACAAUUGCUUACAAGCUCCAUCUACGUUUGAAACGAUUUACAAGAAGGGAAAUAAUGUGUACAUGACAACAGCUGAAUUGAUCACGUAUAAUGACAAAACUAUGCUAAUCUCCAAUGACUUGAUUCGUUUGAGUAACACCUUACUCUGUGAUUUAUUAUUUGAAGCUGCAAAGGAAAUUGAUGCAAUUUAUCAUCUAAUUGGAGUUAUCAUAGACUUGGAUAUUGCUCAAUCACUCGCUGAAAUUGCUAAACUUGAAUCAUUUUGCUGUCCAACAUUUACACGUGUCUUACGAUUAGAAGAUGCAUAUCAUCCAAUGCUUCAAGGAAGUCGCACCAAAGUUGAUGUGAUUAAAAAUAAUGCAAUUGCAACGCCACAGUAUAAUUUUUAUCUUAUUACUGGCCCAAAUAUGAGCGGAAAGACUGUCUACAUAAAAAUGAUUGCAAUAAUUCAAAUCAUGGCACAAAUUGGAAGCUUUUUGCCAGCAAAGACAGCCACAAUACGACUGUGUGAUAAGAUAUUUUCACGGCUUGGAUUUCAAGAUAACAUUGAGCAGAAUGCGUCAAGUUUUUCUGUUGAACUUCGUGAUAUGGACUACAUUUACAAUAAUUUGACACCAAAUAGUCUUAUCAUUAUGGACGAAUUAUGUCGCAGUACUGAUCCACAGGAAGGAGAAGCACUGUGCUAUGCAUUUUGUGAGAAGCUUUUAAGCUUUAUUGGAAUAUCAUACGAUGAUUACUUCCAAAUUUCAUCUGAAAAUGACAAUUCCCAGACUAAUAAAAGUGCUGGUUCCAAAUCAUCUUCUUCAUUGAACAUAAAAGGAGCUAAUAUUAAAUUAAAGGAUAUUGCUCGUCCAUUCAUUUUCUUAACGACUCAUUUUUCGGAAUUAACAAAACUAUCUGAAAAGUACAACAAUGCCAUCAAUGUUCAUAUGGUCGUGGAAGAAAAAAUGAACGAUGAUAAAAUUGUUCUAAAUUUCAAAUAUAGAGUACAAUCGGGUCCAUCUACGUUAAAAAGCUAUGGAUUAGCAUUAUCAAAUAUGGUUCGAUUUCCAUCCAGCAUUCUUGAUAAAGCUGAAGAACUAAUCACAAAAAUCAAUGAUGAGUCCAUUGUUGGAUUUAUAAAUGCUGAAAUAAAACUGAAACGUAAUGAAGACUUGAGUAAAUCGAUUAACAACUCGACGGAUGAGAUCUAUAAUGAAAUUACUGACAUGGAAAAGGAUGUUAUUGACUUGUAUUCAUACAUAUUGCUCUUAAUGAGCACUGAUUCAGAUAAGACUUAUGACUAUAUAAGCGUUAGUGUUAUUAAUCAGAAAUUGAAACAAUUGAUUGAGACAAUGUCACCAGCUUUUCAGAAUUUGCUAAAGGAAGAAUCUUUAGAGCAUAUAAUGUCUAUGCUGAAUGCUAGUUGUAGCUCAAUUUAA